GUUGGAACAAGUCGGACCAUAGUAAAUCAAUUUUUGAAAACCAUCAUACAAUCAUCAUGGCAGAAAAAGGACAGGUUAACAUCAAGGUGAAAAUCCUGACGGCCCCAAGGCAAAGGACAUCAAAAUUCGGGGCACCUUUGUCAUCAAUCGAUGUUCUGGAAAAUAGAACGUUUGCAACGAAAACCUUAUACAUGCCUACAGCCAUGACCCCCAAAGCACCAGUCGGCAGCUUUUGUCUCAUCAGAAAUUGGGUAGUUGAGGAAUUUAUAAGGGCUACACAAAAGUCAAUGAUUAUGGCAUGUGGGCCUUUCCUCUUUGACCGGAAAGUGGAGGAAGAUUUCCUCGCACCGGAAGUAAUGGCCAUAUCUGAGGCACAGGCGUGCCCGCCAAAAAGGCGCCUAAGUCUCUCGGGAACAUUGGUGUCUACAUCAGCUGUCCUGACGACGGAAACGUCGAGGAGGGAGGUUUUCCGCCUACAAGACGGCGGUGCCCAGGAGUUUGCAGUGAAACUCUGGGGGGAGGAAGUAGACCUACCUCUCCCCACUAAUGGAUCAACAGUAGUCGUUGCGUGCAUUACGAUUGCCGAGUUUGGAGGAAAGAAAGGGGCCAGCUCGACAGGACGGAAAUUGCAGACGAUGUGCCAUUUGAGGGCACUAUAGAUGCCAUAUCCAUUGACGAGUAUGUAUCGGUGCUAACGCCAUCUUCCACACCAAAACCCUGUCCCUAAUUCAAAUCCCCUCAUGGCUCGCCCCCAACUCCAGCCACUUUGUCCAAUCACAUGCUGCUGAAAGUUUUCAAUGAAUUUUUGUUUGCUGUUGUAUAUGUAAUAACUCUACAUUAUGCUGAUAUUGCAUAAUUCUUUCAUAUAUUUUAAUGUAACGCCCCCAUCUCUUACAAAAUUGUCAUCCGACUAGAUAUAAUCAUAUUUGGCAUGUUAACCAUUUAUAUCAGACUAAUGUUUUCCAUUCCUACUCAUACCUAUCUGAACACAAAUGCAACUGAAACCAGAUAUUUUUACCAAUCAAUCAUUACAAAGUAUUUAUAUCCUUUCAAAAAAAACUUUGCUUCUGUGUGUCCCACUGCUUUGCAUCAUAUGUUAACCUACUGUUGCCAACAAUACCACCAACUAUUUUCCGCACCACAUCGUUGAUGGCCUUUCAAUUACUUGAAUAUCAACCCCACUCCAUUUAAUUUAAAUUUUCCAUGUCUCAACAUACAUUUUUAUUAUCGUAUGACUUAUCUGUUUUAUUUCCAUCGCAGCGAUGAAGCAACGCUAGUGUUGCAGGAUGCUGAAGAACUUCUCAAUCAAUCAUUGCCUCAACUCGAACGCGUAUUCCCAAAUUUAGAAUUUAUUCCAAACACUACAGUCAAGGGACUAAGGACUGGAUUCAAAAUUCACACAUUGUAGGUACACCAUUUCAUUUUAAUCUGUACUAGAACAGUACAUGUACAAAAUCAUUGAACACAUUCAUUGCCUAUUUAAGAUCAUUCCAAACAGGAAAACAUACAUCUUAGGCAGUGACAUACCGAGUAUGUACAGAAAAUGUACACACUACACAUGUUCUCAUAAAUUACAGUUUGCUAGGAUUUUCUACAAACACCAACAGACUAACAGAUAAAAUAUCACACAAUAUUACAUAUUUCAUGUUACCCAUUACGUUGGAGACGCAUCAAAAUAUCAUUACUAUCAGUGUCAUGCUAAAUUCCUACCAAACCAGCAUGUUUGCAUACUCACAUUAGAUGCAAUAUCUGAUGCAUACUAUGAACAAUUCCACCCAUUUUAAAAUUAUGCAAAUUAAGCUAUGUUUAUAAUCCAAUUCAAUAAUGCAUUAUAUAAAUCAUUUGAUGCUAUUUCCAUUUGCUGGCAAAUGUUAUUAAUACAUUUUACAUAACCGAUAACUUUUAAUACUGAUACAUAAAUUGAUAUAUCCACUUUCAUAUAUUCUCAAUUUUUAUACGACCGUCAAAUUUGACG